CAAUCAUUGACGGGUUAGCGGUACAGGAAGCGAGUGACGCUUUCAAGAGCCGGACGGAAUAGUUUCAGUUUGAGUUUCACUGCAGCAUGAGGCAUGGAGGGUCGGGACAUAACCAAGGUGGUCCUGCUGGCCUGUGGCUCCUUCAACCCCAUAACCAACAUGCACCUGCGGAUGUUUGAAAUAGCUCGAGAUCACCUGGAGGACACAGGCCGGUACCGGGUGGUGAGAGGCAUCAUCUCUCCGGUGGGUGACGGCUACAAGAAGAAGGGUUUGAUUGAGGCCUGCCACCGUGUGGAGAUGGCCAGGCUGGCAACAGACAGCUCGGACUGGAUCUCAGUGGAUUCCUGGGAGAGCUCGCAGCCCGAGUGGGUGGAGACAGCUAAAGUUGUUCGGCAUCACUAUGGGGAACUGGUAACAGCAGAGCAGAACAACGAUGAUGUUGACACUGUCAAGUAUGCCAAAAAGAGACGCAUCGAGGACAAUACCUUUGAGGGUUCGUCUCAUCAGAUAAAUAGAGAUGUCCCUCAGCUGAUGCUGCUUUGUGGGGCCGACGUCCUUGAGUCCUUUGGGAUUCCCAAUCUUUGGAAGCAGGAGGAUAUUGUCGAGAUCAUUGGCCGCUACGGCUUGGUUUGCAUCACCCGCAGUGGCAACGACCCCCACAAGUUCAUCCACCAAUCAGACAUGCUGUGGAAGUAUCGCAAGAACAUCCAUGUGGUCCAUGAAUGGGUGACCAAUGAGAUUUCAGCCACUCACGUGCGCCGGGCACUUCGGCGAGGUCGGAGCAUCAGGUACCUGCUGCCGGACCCCGUAGUUUGGUACAUUCAAGAGCACAACCUCUACAGUGCAGAGAGUGAGCAGAAGAACGCCGACGUGGUCCUCGCACCUUUUCAGAGAUACACGGGAGCCUCUUCAAGCUGAGGAGGUUCACCCACUGCUGACAAGAUCCAUGCCAUAAAACCAUAAGCUGACUUCUGUAGGGUUUAGGGUUGGCUGCACUGAUUUUACUGUGAAUUUAAAGCACGAGCCAAGUGGUGAAUUUAUUCUGACACUAGUGCCUUUUCUAUAGAAUUGUGUCUUCCAUGUGCUCUACUUUUAAGAAAAUACACCUGCAGUAGACUUUUCUGAGUGAAGAGAUUUAGUGGCAUAGUUUCUUUUUUAGAUAAACUGGCCAGUGUGUGUGUGUGUGUGUGUGUGUGUGUGUUUUAUGGAAAAGUACAAUAGUUCAGCUCAUCAAAGUAGAGACUGACAGUCUUUUGUGAAACAGUCAGCAUAUGUUUUGUGUUGUAAGGGUGUAAAUGUUGACUGUGAUUCUGAGAACAAUUAAAUUUAAAUUAUUUUACCUGCUUUAUCACAAAAAUGUUUAGACUCACACCAAUUUGUACCAGUUUAUACCUUUCUCAACUCAUUAUGCAUACCUUAAAUUUUACUAUCCAUUCCCUCAGGCAGUAGUAAUCAGUAUACAUAAAAUAUGCUUGCUAGUGUAGACCUGCAAGUGAAAGUCACGUUUUGUAUUGACUGGGGGAAAAAAAUGAAUAAACUACUCUUUGGUUUGCA